AUGUCCACAAUACUUUUAAUAGAAUUUUUACAGAUUGAAUCACAAGAAGAAGUGGUUUUAAUUUAUUUAAAAACAGAUUGUAUCACGAGAAGAAGUGGUAGAAGUAAAGAAAUCCUUUUAAUUGAAAAUUUAGAGAUUGUAUCACGAGAAGAAGUGGUUGUAAUUUAUUUAAAACAGAUUGAAUCACGAAAAGAAGUGGUUGCAAUUCAUUUAGAAACAGAUUGUAUCACGAGAAGAAGUGGAAAAAUGUUUCUGUGCUCUAAGAUAAAGAUUGAAAUAGUAAUGAAAAAGUCAAUAAAAACAACUCGAUCUGCUAAAUCACAUUAUAUUAGAAGAGUAGUAAAGCAACAUUUAAAUGAAAUUCACUCAACAAGUAAUGUUGAAAAUACGAAUGAAUUACUUAACUGUGGAAAUGCAAUAAACUUCAGUGAUGAGUCUAUAAUCAUAAUAUGUUAUAUCAAAAUUCUUAUAAUUUUUUGGCUGAAGACACAUUAA